AUGGAUUUGACAAAUGCUUUAUCGACGCUAACGCUGCCGCAGCCCGCGGGCUUCCAGUAUUUACGCGAUGGCCGCAACAUCAGUCUGGCCGAGAGUGUACCCGCUGAUAUUUUCCACAUGGUCGAUCCCUACUGGUACAAAUGGCAACCCAUGGAGCAGAUUUGGUUCCACAUAAUUGGCUUCAUUAUAACCAUUUUGGGUGUGAUGUCACUGUCGGGCAAUUUCAUUGUCAUGUACAUAUUCACCUCGACGCGUUCGCUGCGCACACCAUCGAAUAUUUUCGUGGUGAAUUUGGCCUUUUCCGAUUUCAUGAUGAUGUUCACCAUGUUCCCGCCAGUUGUUUUGAACGGUUUCUAUGGCACUUGGAUAAUGGGACCGCUGCUGUGUGAGUUGUACGGUUUGGCGGGUUCGCUUUUCGGCUGCGUGUCGAUUUGGUCAAUGACGCUAAUUGCCUACGAUCGGUAUUGUGUGAUUGUUAAGGGUUUGUCGCGCAAGCCGCUCACCACAACGGUGGCUGUGAUACGUUUGGUAUUUGUGUGGUGUAUUUGCGGCACAUGGGCCAUACUGCCGAUGGUCGGCUGGAAUCGUUAUGUACCUGAGGGAAAUAUGACCGCUUGCGGCACAGACUACUUUGCUAAGGACUGGUAUAAUCGAUCGUACAUUAUUGUCUACUCGUUGUGGGUGUACGCUACGCCAUUGACGACCAUUAUCUUCUCCUAUUAUCACAUUAUGAAGGCUGUUUAUGCUCACGAGAAAGCCAUGCGCGAUCAAGCGAAGAAAAUGAAUGUAGCUUCAUUGCGCAACAGCGAGGCGGACAAAGGUAAAUCGAUCGAAAUCAAAUUGGCGAAGGUGGCGCUUGUAACAAUAUCGUUGUGGUUCCUCGCCUGGACUCCAUAUACCAUCAUCAAUUAUGCGGGUGUUUUCGGUUCGAUGAAUCUCUCACCGCUAAGCACCAUUUGCGGUUCGGUGUUUGCGAAGGCGAAUUCCGUUUGCAAUCCAAUUGUCUAUGGACUCAGUCAUCCCAAGUACCGAGAAGUGUUACGCGAGAAGAUUCCCUGCCUUGCCUGUGGCAAGGACGAUGUGGCCUCCGAAGUGCGCACACAAGCGACAGCCGAGAUCAGCGAAUCGGCGGCUUAGGCGUGUGCGAAACGAGUGUGGAACUGCAA